AGUAACCUAACUAGUAGUUGGUUUUUUUUAAAAGACCAAUGAAAUCUGUACUAAGGAAAAGAUUAAUUGCGUAGAAAAAGAAAGGGCGGUGAGGGAUUUUUUUUUUUUUUUUUUGUGGGGAUUGAAAUGGAUAUGUUUCAGCAAUGGAGAACCACAAGCAAAUGUUACAGUAGAGGAAGGAAAAAAGGGAAAUUUGUGGUGGGGACCUUGUUUGCAUUGAUUGUGACAGAACAAGACAAUGGCUACUUGAAAUUGGGAGUGUGAAAACAUUGGCAAACGAGGUCGUUUUUUUUCUGACUUUUCCAAAAAUCACCGUGCAUAGAAAGUAUGGGAAGAUGAUCAAUUUUUCAUCACGAAAAUGAAACUAGAUUCUCUUUGAGAGAGAUGCUCUAUGGUUUUUUGGUUAUAGACAAGGAAAAAUGUGGCCCAUGCUUCAUAGUUCAUAUGGCUACUCGAAACACCCUUUUCUCCUUCCCAUUUUUAAUGUUCCAAAAGGUUGUAUUCAUCCCCACUUUAUUAUUAUUUUUCCUGCUGAGAAAAACUUUGAAGAGAUAAGAUCUAAUUUGCUCCACAAAAAUAUGUAAUGGUGAGCCAACAGCUAAGCUCAAUAGUCCUCACCUGAAAAAAAGACCAAGCUAUCGAUGUCAAGGGGUAUGAGAGAUUCGGAAUUAUAUUUCCAUUCAACAAGGACAGGCUGCUCAAUUCUCACUAUAUCAAAUUUGAAUACUUCCUCUUUGCCACCGACGAAUCGGCAGCUUAUUUCUUACAUUUGUUUGCUCUUCUAAGAGAAAUGACCUCUAGCUUCCAUAGUCCAUACACAUGAUUCUCACACGUCUGCUAUACAAUAUGGGAUCAAGGCCAAUUUGUAUUUGAGAUUUGAGAAACAUAACACAUGCUGUGCUUGCCUUCAGUCAUCAGAAACCUGUAUGUGUAACAUUUAAUAUGCUACUCGGCCCCUGAUAGAUUUUCCAUUGAUAUUAUGCAUGAAUGACAUGGACGAACUUCGCUCCUACCAGUAUUGAUCAGGGUAACAAUUCUGAUGGAACUGUUUGAUCAAGUGAAAGCAUAAUCAUAUAUUAUAAAUCAGUGGAGCAGUUCCAACUUUGGAUAGAUCAAUGCAUACGGAAAGAAAAGUCUAACCAAAAAUGAAGUAUAGACUUAAUUACAGCCACAUGCAUUUGCAAUUGAAAACAGACUUCAAUUUUCUUAUCCUAAACCCACCGAAGCCAAGAAACGUUGAAAUCCUAGUAACUUCUCAACCACAGAAAUGAAUAGACAGUACAGAACAUGAACCAAAGAGAGGGUAACUUGCUUGGAGUUUGCAGCUUUGCUGGAUCAUUGGAAAGUUGUACCAUCCAUUGGUUCCCAAGCUAAUAAUUUGAUUGCAAAUUUAUAACUGAAUUAGCAAAAUUACCGUUACUUUCACCAGCAGCAGCUACCUCCAGGCUGGUCAUGAGCAAAUUCAGUCCUAUAGCAAGUAUGAUUUUGUCGCAUAACAGAAGACAAUAUAUAGAAAAUUCUAUCUAUAACUUUGAAGAUGUAAUGGUAACCGAAAUACCCAAAUAAUCAACAAGAGUCUGUCAUUUCAAAAUGAGGGAUUUUGGCGACAGUUAAAAACUGAAACUUUUUUUUUUUUAUCAUUUUGAUUUAUUAAAAAUGGAUAAGGAAUAACCACGUUUAGCUAAUAUGACCUUGAAAAGUUGAGCUGACUUGUUUUGAUCUUUUGCACUUUUUCCCCUUUGAAGCAGAGCCCACCAACAUUGUCUUCUUCACAAAACUUAACUCAGUUUCAUUUAUAUAAAUAAGUGCAAACCAUGUUCAUUUAGUCCCCCAUCUCUUUUCCCUCUCUUCAUCUCCCAAAACAGCAAAUAGAAACAUGGCCUUAACAUUACGUUCUUCUACUACUUUCAUUAAUCUCAAAGAAACCAAAAGCUUCAAAACUCCUGAUGAAUUCUUAGGCACCAUUUCCUAUGCUCAAAUGAAGCCACCAUGUCGUCUACGAGCAAGGAAUUCGAUGUCAAUGCGGAUGCAGGAAGCACAGCUCUCUCAUGCGAAAAUCUCAAUCAAUGAAGGGAGGAAUAGUGAGAAAAGGGAGAAGUUACAUGGCCUAACAAUUUCCCAUGAUGAGAAUAACUCCAAGGUGCCUGUUUUUGUGAUGUUGCCACUUGACACAAUAACUCUAGGAGGUAACUUGAAUAAGCCCCGGGCAAUGAAUGCUAGUUUGAUGGCCUUAAAGAGCGCAGGUGUGGAAGGAGUUAUGGUCGAUGCCUGGUGGGGUUUGGUAGAGAAAGAUGGACCUUUGAAGUACAAUUGGGAAGGGUAUGCUGAGCUUGUGCAAAUGGUCGAAAAGCAUGGUCUAAAGCUUCAAGUUGUCAUGUCUUUUCAUCAGUGUGGAGGGAAUGUCGGAGACUCUUGCAGUAUCCCGCUACCUCCAUGGGUGCUAGAAGAAAUCAGCAAGAACCCGGACCUUGUCUACACUGACAGGUCAGGGCGGAGGAAUCCUGAGUACAUUUCCUUGGGUUGUGACUCCAUACCUGUUCUCAGAGGACGAACACCUAUUCAGGCUUACACAGAUUACAUGAGGAGCUUCCGUGAGAGGUUCAGAGAUUACUUGGGACUAGUUAUUGUGGAAAUUCAAGUGGGGAUGGGCCCAUGUGGGGAGCUGAGAUACCCAUCUUAUCCAGAAAGCAAUGGAAUAUGGAAAUUUCCUGGAAUUGGAGAAUUUCAGUGCUAUGACAAGUAUAUGAGAGCUUCCCUUGAAGCAGCAGCAGAAACCAUUGGGAAGAAAGAAUGGGGAAAAGGUGGGCCACGUGAUUCUGGUCACUACAAGCAAGUUCCUGAAAAAACUGGCUUUUUCCGAAGGGAUGGAACAUGGAACACUGAGUAUGGACAGUUCUUCCUGGAGUGGUACUCUGGAAAGCUGCUAGAGCAUGGAGAUAGAAUAUUUGCAGCAGCAAAAGGAACAUUUCAUGGAACUGGAGCAAAACUAUCUGGAAAGGUAGCUGGAAUUCACUGGCAUUACAGAACAAGGUCUCAUGCUGCCGAACUAACAUCAGGAUACUAUAAUACUAGAUAUCGGGACGGUUACCUACCAAUAGCACAAAUGUUCAGCAAAAACGGAGUUGUGUUCAACUUCACCUGCAUGGAAAUGAGAGAUGGGAAACAACCUGAGCAUGCAAACUGUUCACCAGAAGGAUUAGUCCGGCAAGUAAAGAUGGCGACAAAGACAGCAGGAGUCGAACUUGCAGGAGAAAAUGCACUAGAGAGGUAUGAUGCCGGUGCAUAUGCACAGGUCUUGGCAACAAGUAGAUCAGAUUCAGGCAACGGAUUGAGUGCAUUUACAUAUUUAAGAAUGAACAAAAGGUUGUUUGAAGGGGACAACUGGAGGCACCUGGUGGAAUUUGUGAAAAGCAUGUCUGAAGGAGGUAGGCGAAUUUCAGAGUGUGACUCCCGGGGGACAAACCUUUACAUUGGGUUUAUCGGAGACAAGAAUGUCGAGAAAAUGAAGGAGGCUGCUCUUGUAUAGAAACUAUGCACAGGGUCCACGAACAAAACUAUAUUUUUAUUGUAUUAUAUUUAUAAGCUGAAAAAAAAAAAAAAAAAAAA